UGACAUAACUUUGAUGUCGUUCACGCCGGUAAUCCGAUUAUUUUGCGUCGUGCACGAAUAAAUACGACGCGUUCGGCAUUUUCGCAGUUGGUUAUUCGUUAUUACGAAAGAUAGCAGAGCGAAAUUUACCAAUCUCAGCAUCGUGACUUGCACAAUCAUGGUCAGGAUACUAGUGAUUCUCCUGGCCAUUGCAGCCACCCUUGUGGACGCCCAGACGAUCCGAGUGCCGCUGUACCGCAUGCAAACGGUGCGCGUGCACUUCCAUGAGGUGGGCACGGAGUUAACGCCGCUGCGCGUCAAGUACCGUGUCUCUGGACCCGCGCCUGAGCCCCUCUCCAACUACCUUGAUGCGCAAUACUACGGACCGAUAUCGAUCGGCAAUCCGCCACAGACGUUCAAGGUGGUCUUCGACACGGGCUCCUCCAACCUGUGGGUGCCCUCCAAGAAGUGCCACUAUACCAACAUCGCAUGUCUGUUACACAACAAGUACGACAGCGGCAAGUCGAAGACGUACCACAAGAACGGCACGGCGUUCGCCAUACACUACGGGUCGGGCAGCCUGUCGGGCUUCUUGUCCACCGACCAGGUGGAGGUGGGUGGCAUCGCAGUGCGCGAUCAGACGUUCGCCGAGGCCACUUCGGAGCCGGGGCUGGCGUUCGUGGCGGCCAAAUUCGACGGCAUCCUCGGCAUGGGCUUCCCCUCCAUCGCCGUCGACGGCGUCGUACCGGUCUUCGACAACAUGGUCGCGCAGGGACUCGUGAAACCUAUUUUCUCCUUCUAUCUCAACAGAGACCCGUCGGCGGCGCAGGGCGGCGAGAUCAUCCUGGGCGGGUCGGACCCCGCUCACUACCGCGGCAACCUCACGUACGUGCCGCUCAGCAAGGCCACCUACUGGCAGUUCCGCAUGGAGAAGGUGGCCGUGAAGGGCCACGGCUUCUGCGCCAACGGCUGCGAGGCCAUCGCCGACACGGGCACGUCGCUGAUCGCCGGGCCCUCGGCCGAGGUGGAAGCGCUCAACCGCGCGCUGGGCGCCACGCCCAUAGUGUUCGGCCAGUACGCCGUCGACUGCUCGCUGGUGCCCUCUCUGCCGCAAGUCGUCUUCACCAUCGGCGGCACCCAGUUCGUGCUCGAAGGCAGCGACUACGUGCUGCGCGUGUCGCAGUUCGGCAAGACGGUGUGUCUGUCCGGGUUUAUGGGGCUGGACAUACCGCCGCCCAACGGCCCGCUGUGGAUCCUGGGGGACGUGUUCAUCGGCAAGUACUACACCGAGUUCGACGUUGAAAACAAACGCCUCGGCUUCGCGCACGCCGUUUGAAGACAUCCUGUCUCCAGCUCUCUAGUCCCUCUCCGACUCCUCUCACUCUUCAAUUACCAUCCGAAACAAAGACUGCAGCUCUCAUUUCGUAGACUCUGCUCC